ACAUCUGUUUCAUUGAGGAUCAAACAAGGGAACUACAGUAGUUAGCAGUGCUGUAAACCAUGAUGAUGAGGUCCAAAAGGCAGAUGGAGACUAGCUACUAGGUGUCAGUGUCUCGUUCAUAUAGACUGGAGGCAGACUGCUACAUACGUGGGGCUUCUUUGGGUGCCAAGGUACGCAUUGUUUAGAAGCGAUGCAAACCCAGCCGAAACCGUAGCAGAGGAGCCAAGUCACUUGCAACUCAAACCUUCACGCUCUUCCCUCCAAAAAGCCAUAAAUACGUGCUACAUGAUCACCACCACAGCUCAAUCGCCUCACCUCACUACAGCAGCACAGUUGCGCCCAGCUCCCAGCUCUCCUUUGAUCUAGCUAGCAGCAAUGGCGUUCAACCCUAGCCCUCCAGGACUGGGCUUCCCUUACUUCCCUCCAAACCCAUACCUUCCAAGGCCACCGCCGCGGCCACAAGCCCCGCCACCACCGCAGCGCUUCCCACCGCCGAUGCGAGCCCCUCCACCGCCACAGCGUGCCCCGCCGCCGCCUCAGCCUCCACCGCCGCGACGCGCUCCACCACCACCCACCCUACCACCACCGCCUCCACGCCGCGCUCCCCCACCACCAGCUCUGCCGCCUCCACCACCACGCCGUGCUCCGCCACCACCCACAAUGCCGCCACCGCCACCGCGCCGUGCUCCCCCACCUCCUACUCAGCCCCCGCCGCCACCACGCCGUGCUCCCCCUCCACCGUCACCGCCUAUUCGCCCACCGCCACCACCAACUCCUCGGCCUCAAGCCCCACCACCGCCUCGCCCGCUCGCACCGCCCCCGCCACAUAUCCAGCCUCCGCCGCCAAUGCCAGUGCCGCCUCCGCCUAGCCCUCCGCACCACAUUGUCAUCAUCGUGGUGUUCGUCUCACUGGGCGGCUUGCUGCUGCUGGCAUGCCUCGCCGCGCUCCUCUGUUGGCACAAGAAGAGGGGGAGGAAGACAGAGACCAAGGCUGAGGUGCUCAACUUCAGUGACCAUGUCCAUGUCCACAAGGAUACCAUGCCAGGGCCCGGGGGUGCCAACGUUGUCAGGCUGACAGUAGACGAGGACGUCAAGUUCCAAGAGGCGGUCAAGAAGCAGGACGCCAUUGGUGAAUCCUCGAGCACCGCAGCAGCGGGGAAGACGGCGCAUCACCACCUCCCUUGGACCUGGCACAAGAAACAUGAGAGCAGAGAAGAUAAGAAGGCAGAGGUCAUCAACGUCACAAAGCACAAGCAUGUCGACGAGAAGAUCAUACCUGGGCCACAUGGCGAAAAGAUUGAGGUCCUUUCAGAAGAUGAAGAUAUCAGAUUUGAAGAGGCUGGCGAGAACGAAGAAGAGUAUGAAAAUUCCGAGGCACGCAUAACCAAGUCCUAAGAUGGAUGAUGCCAUAUUCAGAUAUAUUGUCUGCCCACACUGAAGGCCCUUCAACUUGGGGCAAUUACCAUACCCAUACACACAUAUACAUACUACCCUCGCAUGCAUUUGAGUAUUUUGAUAAGAUUCUAUGUUCUUUCAUGUGAACGAAAUAAGGGUGUCACAGACCCACCUGAUUGGAUUCAAAGUGUAAUUAUAUGCCAGUAUUUGUAUA